CAGAGGUGCCAGGCCUAGAGCAGCAUCCACAGGUUGUGGCUGGUGAGGGCUGGAAGGUGGGGACAGUUUGAAAAUAUCGUUGCAGGUCACAGACUCCCAGGUAAGUGCUCCGUGGGGACCCAGGGGUGCUUCAGCCCCAGAUGGGCCAGACUGUGGCAUCUGUCAGCCUCCCCAUCCCCUUUCGAAGCCUUGAUGAGCCCUAAGGGGACUCAGGGUACACAGACAACAGGGUGGUCCCAGUUGUGCACGCGGUGACAACCAUCACCCCAAAGCCCCCUGGGCUUGGUUUCUUUUAUUGAGAAGGGAAAAGAUGCAGGGACUAGGGUUCCCCAGCCCCACCUAGCAUGUCCCCCUUUCCUUGUUGGAAAUGCCCAUCCGUUGAGCCGCCCUUUGCAUGGCCUGGGUAACUCGACAGGCCUUUGGGAAAUGAAGAAACCCACCCCAGAACCAAAACACCAUCAUGGCAGUAUGAGGGGCUAGCCUGGUGGGCUGGUGGGUGUGAGUGGGGGACUUGGCUCCCAUCUCCUUGCCCACUUCCUCAAUCCUGUGCCCAGCACAUGGGGUUUUGCCACUUGAUCAUUCCAGCUUCCCACCACUCCUCUAGGUGCCCACCUGGCAGGCAGCGCCAUGACUGAUGCCCAGAACAUCUCCCUCGACGGUCCGGGAGGGGCAGGGACGGCGGUGGUGGUACCCGUGGUCUUCGCCCUCAUCUUCCUGCUGGGCACCGUGGGCAACGGGCUGGUGCUGGCGGUGCUAAUGCAGCCGGGCCUGGGGGCCUGGCAGGAGACAGGCAGCACCACGGACCUGUUCAUCCUUAACUUGGCGGUGGCCGACCUGUGUUUCAUCCUGUGCUGCGUCCCCUUCCAGGCGGCCAUCUACACCCUGGACGCCUGGCUCUUCGGGGCGCUGGUGUGUAAGGCGGUGCACCUGCUCAUCUACCUUACCAUGUAUGCCAGCAGCUUCACCCUGGCCGCGGUGUCUGUGGACAGGUACCUGGCCGUGCGGCACCCGCUGCGCUCGCGCGCCCUGCGCACCCCGCGCCACGCGCGCCUGGCCGUGGGCCUGGUGUGGGCGCUGGCGGCGCUGUGCUCGGCGCCCUACCUGAGCUACUACGGCACGGUGCGCUACGGCGCGCUGGAGCUGUGCGUGCCCGCCUGGGAGGACGCGCCGCGCCGCGCCCUGGACGUGGCCACCUUCGCCGCCGGCUACCUGCUGCCCGUGGCCGUGGUGAGCGUGGCCUACGGCCGCACGCUGCGCUUCCUCUGGGCCGCCGUGGGGCCCGCGGGGCCGGCGAUCGGGGCGCGGCGCCGGGCCACGGGGCGCGCGGGCCGCGCGAUGCUGGCGGUGGCCGCGCUCUACGCGCUGUGCUGGGGCCCGCACCACGCGCUCAUCCUCUGCUUCUGGUUCGGCCGCUUCGCCUUCAGCCCCGCCACCUACGCCUGCCGCCUGGCCUCGCACUGCCUGGCCUACGCCAACUCCUGCCUCAACCCGCUGGUCUACGCGCUCGCCUCGCGCCACUUUCGCGCGCGCCUCCGUCGCCUCUGGCCCGCGUGCGGCCCGCGGGGACACCGCCGCCGCCGCCCUCGCCGCCCCCGCGUCCGCCCCGAGGAGCCCAGCGAGGGCCCUGCCGGCGCUGGGGACGCCGAAUGA